AUGGCCGAAGACAACUCUUCUAACGUUCUUUUCACAGAGAAGCUAUCAAAAAAUUGUAGGCGCAGUCGCACAAGAUUCACAAAAGAGCAACUGAAAAUCCUUGUCAAUGCCUUUAACCAAAAACCAUACCCUGACUAUGCUACCAGACAAAAGCUCGCUUCCGAAAUCAACACUGAAGAGUCAAGGAUCCAGGUUUGGUUUCAGAAUCGAAGAGCUCGACAUCGAUUCCAGAAAACACCAGAGCUUAAGGAAGCUUUAGAAUCAAGCCAAGGCCAUGGAGAAAACUGUCCUCAAGAAGAGACUCAAAACCCACCCUCCCCAGAUCUUUAUACUCUACAAAGAAAAUCCAGACGGUGUCGUAUCAACUACAGCUCCUCUCAAUUGCACACCCUCAUCAAGGCAUUUAUGAGCAACCCUUACCCAGGAAUUGAUUCCAGAGAACAACUUGCCAAAGAAAUUGGGGUUCCUGAGUCAAGAAUCCAAAUUUGGUUUCAAAACCGGAGAAAUAUCCAGAGAAAAAGGAAAUCUAAUGAGCUCUUAGAACAAGACCCAGGGGAAGAACACUGAGACUGCUUCAAGUCUUUCAAGAAAUCUACCUUUUCACCGAGAGUUCAAGAUAAACCUUCAAGAAACAGUAAACAGGACUUCAGAAGGCAAAUACAAGAGAAACUACACAGUCUGACUGACCCAUCCUGGUUUCAAAAUUCAUCAGACAUCGAGACAAUGCAAAUGAAUCUAUUAGGAGCCAGUGUUGUGAUGCCGGAGUAAAGCCACACCUAUGCCAGCAUUCCAUAAGAGCACCAGUUCAAGUGCCAGCUGCUCCUCUUCAGAUCCAGCUCCCUGCUAACGUGCCUGAGAAAGCAGCAGAGGAUGGCUCAAGGGCUUGGGCCCAUGCCUUCCAUA